GCUCAAGAGAAAAAGACUAGGGAUCAGACGAGGAAGAAUCCCAGCUUUCAAAUCCUGCCAGAGCACGUGAGAGCCCUGCACUCUGCAGAAGAUGCGUCACCUCAAAGUGCUUGUGGGGUUCCUCCAUGCGCUGGCGGAGCACGUCCCACAGCAAGUGGCCCUAGCAGCUGGGAGCCAAGUUGAUAGCCAGGUCAGCAUCACCUGGCUCACCAACGACACUCGGGACGACCCGAGCUCGUGCGACGAGGCGGCCGUCGCCUGGGUCAGUGGGCCGUUGACCGGGAACGAGGAGCCGAACGAGGGCAACGGCAGCAUCCCAGAGUGGCGAAUUGUGGGAAGCUGCUUGAGAUAUUCCUUUGGUGCCGCUCCGGAGCUGUAUGGGAAUUACACCAGCGGACGCAUCCAUCGCGUGGUCGCGCAAGGGCUGGUGGCCAAUAGCGAGUACAAGUACACCUUGCGCGGCGACCCGGCCACGGUGAAGCGCCGCUUCCGCACACUUCCCUCCUCGGCAGCCCCAGAGCCGCCAGCCGCGGGCGCGGUGACGGAUGCACGCUUCCCCUUCGCGCUGGGAGUCAUUGGAGAUCUGGGGCAGACGGCAGAUUCCCAGGAUACCAUCCGGCACCUGGAUGCGGAUCCAUUGAUCCGCCUGGUCUUGCACGCGGGCGACAUGUCCUACGCCGACACGGACCAGAAACGAUGGGACAGCUAUGGGCUCACCGUGGAGCCCUUGGCCUCACGUUUGCAGUGGAUGGUUUGCCCAGGGAACCAUGAGAUUGAAAGCGACUACUACACGGGAGAUAAUUUUGUCGCUUAUGAAGCUCGAUUUGCGAUGCCUGCAGUUCAGCAGCCGAAGACCUCCCCUUCGCAGGAACAGAUGGGUUGCAAGCAUCCAUAUCCUACCACACCACACUCAGGAAGAGAUUGCACCCCCUCAGCCUUCACUGGCCACUACGACUGGGGGAAUUCCUUCUAUGCCUUUGAUGCCGGGCCGGCGCGCGUGAUCUCUCUGAACAGCUACACCUACACCCAUCCCUCCUCCGAACAAUACAACUGGUUGAAAGAAGAGCUAGAGGCCUUGGCACACAGAAGGUCACAGACUCCCUGGCUCAUCAUCAUGAUGCACUGCCCAUUCUACAACUCCAAUGCUGCCCACCAAGCAGAAGGGCAAGCCAGUUUGAUGAGGGAUUUCCAUGGCUUUGAGGACCUCUUCUACAAACACAAGGCAGCGGUGGUGAUCAAUGGGCAUGUCCAUGCCUAUGAGCGAACACAUCCUGUCUACCAGAAUGCCUCCCAAGACGGGGCGCCCACCUACUUAUGUGUCGGCGACGGAGGGAAUCGCGAAGGUCAUGCCAAAACUUAUUUGGAGCAGCCUCAAUGGUCAGCCUUUCGAGAUGGCUUGUCAUUUGGACAUGGCCGACUGGUGAUUGAGAACAUCAGCCACAUGCGUUGGGAAUGGUUUCGUAACGACCCAACCCAGUCGGAUCUUGUAGACCAAGCGAAUGCCAUCCGCCGUGCCCGGCAGUUGGCUAAUGCAGGUGCAAGCACGGUGACCGUUGAGUCAGGGUGGUAUCAGCCCUUGAAAGCAAGACCAGUUGAUGAUUCAGUCUGGAUUCUUAACCCUUACAAGCACCAAGAACCAGGACCACCUCAAAGGUCUCCAAUGAAUACCAGCCUAGUGAUCAUUGGAGUCGUCUCUGCUGUUGCUGUGGCUUUGGUCUCCGCCAUUGCUGUUGUGCAUCGCUGCCGACGUCGACGUGCCGAACCCCACGCCGAAUGUGUAGAAUCAAGCGCUGAGAUGGGAAGUGCUCGAUGAAGCGGGAAGGCGGCUGGCCAACAGACAUCCUCUCAGUUCAAAGAAUUGGAGAGAUGAAAUUUGAUGAGACACAUGUGUCAUCCUCUGUUUGCAGAGAUGCUCAAAAAGCCAGCUUGAUCCCCAGAGGCUCAAGGCCUCUGAUGUGAAUAGUGUCUCCCAGAGCUGCGAAUGCAAUGUGUUGGCAAGCUCAGGUUGAGAGCGAGGUAUUCCCUUAGCUUGUAGGACAACAGGCACUCAUCACUCCCAGUGUACGUGAUCAACGGAUCAGCCACUGGGAUGCUUGGGUGAGGAGUCCCGUCACUCAGUGUGAUCAAACAGUAGAAUCCUCAUGCAGUCGCGGGUCGAGAGGAUGAAGAGUUUGCCUCAAAGGGG